AUGAAGCUCGCACGCUCGCAAUUCACUGUGACCCCGCGUCGGGCCGGCCUCGUGCUGGCGACCAGCGGUGGCGCUGCCAUGCUCGGCUCCCGCUUCAGCCUGCCCUCCGUGCACGCCCACGAGAAGGACGUGGCUGUGGACGAGGAGCAGCCGGAGGCCGUCGCCGUCGCCGCCGAGGCCGAGGAGUCGCCGGUGGUGUCGCAGCAGCAGUGGGAGGAGGUGUGGGAGGAGGAGAAGGGUACGUUCCUGCGCCCCUACAUCACCUCCGUCCGCAUCGCCGCCCAGGAGACCCUCGCCGACGCCUGCGGCCAGUGGAAGUCGUUCAAGGAGAAGACCGACUUCGACCACAAGUGGGGCACCACCAAGCACUACGCCACCCGAUACUACUGGCUGCUCACUGGUCAGAAGCUGGGCCCUGAGAUCGCCUUCGCUGCGACGACUGGCGUGCUGACGCUCGUCGCCACCAGGAAAGUGCUGAGGCUGCCCUUCCGUCUGGCCCUGCUCAGCGGUGGUGUCGCCACUGCCGCCCUCCUGCCGCCCUACGAAAAGGCACGUCGUCGUCCCACAGCCCCCCGCCACCUUACAAUUCCCCGGUCUUGCGCUCAUCUCUUUCUCACGGUGCCGUACCUGGUGCACCAGUACGAGACGUUCGAGUGGGCCAAGGUGGCCGACAAGUUCGAUCCCGUGGCCAUCAAGGACGCCGCCAUCGACGAGCUCAAGGCCUCUCUCCCCUUCGGCCUCGGCAAGUCGACGAAGAAGAAUGUGGAGAAGGAGCUGCUUGAGGAGAAGAAGGAGCAGCACGUGGAUGAUGUGGCUGAGGAGGCGCCCAAGAAGGAGGAAAGUCACGCGGUAGUGCACCACCAGCCCGCCGCCGACAAGAAGGCCUGCUGCCACGACAACAACGGCGACAAGCAGGAGCACAAGAGUGAGAACCACCACCACCACCACAAGAGCGAGCGCCACCACCACGACGAGGAGAAGGAGGUGCUGGAUGUCGAGCCCCUCUCAGACAAGGAGGCCGAAGAUGUGCUGUAG